AUGCACGUCUAUAUGGGUAGAGAGAUUGCUCCAAUAUUAUUAUGUAAUAUAGAAAAUCUGAUAACUUUAACGCGAUAUGAACGUUGGUUACAAGAACAACCACAGCUUAUACUCGAUGCAUUAUCUAUUCAGCCUGGCAUGAAAAUAGCUGAUAUAGGAGCUGGAUCUGGUUUUUUGACAAUAGAACUAGCUCAUCGUGUUGGAUCACAAGGUUCCGUAUUUGCUACUGAUUUACAGUCUCAAAUGUUAGAUUUUUUACUUCAUCGACCCGAUCUUCCUAAUAAUGUGAUCCCGAUUCUAUCUACAUCUAAACAUACAGGGCUUCCAUCAAAAACAUUUGAUCUAAUUUUAUUAGUUGAUGUAUAUCAUGAAGCUCCAAGACCUGAUAUUCUAUUGAAAGAUUUACGACGAGCUCUAAAAUCUCAUGGACGACUUGUUCUUGUCGAAUAUCGAGAAGAAGAUCCUCGAAUGACAUCUGAUCCACGACAUAGAAUGAGUGCAAGACAAGUUGUUAUGGAACUUGAAGCAAAUCGUUUCAGAUUGGUAGAACAAUUUGAACAUUUACCAUGGCAACAUCUUUUGAUUUUCAAGAAACGAUAA